ACUUCUUUUUGUAAUAGAAAAUAUGGAAGGAAGUUCAAGUCAGAGUGGAGGUACUUCUACCAAUACUGCUCCUGGUAACUCAGAAAAUAAUAACUCUCUUUCGUAUAAAACGAUUUUGUAUGAAAAUAUGUACAACAAUCGUAUCCUUCUUAAAUUAGAAGAAGAUGGAUUCAUCACGCCUGAUGAAAAGUCAAAAGAACUUAUUAAGGAACUAUCAGAAAUAAAGUAUUUAUAUGCUUUGAAGGUGCUUUUUGAAAACUUACAAAAUGAGUUUUCAUCUCAAGUUUUAGCAAAUUUAUUAGAAGCUUUAGUUGAUACUCCUUUUAAUCAUUAUUCAAAAGAAAGUGUAGCUAGAUUAGAAUUACAUUUAAGAACUUUGGUUACCGUCUUAGAACGGAUAUGUUUUUCACCAAUAGUACUUAGUAAAGAACUUCGAGAUAAAGUUUAUAAUUCUUUAGCAAAAUUUGCAGAAAUUCAUCGUAAAACAACUCAAGUUAUCGAAA